AUGGCGGACUCUAUUCAAUGGACUCGAGUGCUCCAGCUCGUCAACCUCCUGGGCGUCACUCAUCUUGCCGGCUACCAAUUUGGGACGGACAAAAUUGCCAUGUACAGCAUCCUAAAACUCAAUGACAAGGACACCAUAGUAAAGCUCUGGUUCCGGGGCUGGGACUUUGGCCGAGUGUACGGCCCCGCAAUGGUUGUCGGCACGGCCGCCGUUUUUGGCUUCCUGGCAUGGAACGACGGCAUCGCAAGUCCCGCAUUCCCAUUCAAUCUCGCCGCCGGACUCCUGAUGGGGGCCGUGGGCCCGUAUACGCAAUUCAGGAUCUUCCCCGUCAACGACAAGCUCUUGGAGGAGCAUCGAAUUGUUAUCAAGGCGGAGAAGACGGACGAUCGAGCACAGGGUGCCAGUGUCGAGGUUGUUCGAGGAUGGGCUGCUGACUGGAAGAGGCUCGACAUUCACCGACAACUUCUCGCCUAUCUUGCUGCCGGGGCUGGCUUGAUCGCUGUUCUCAGAUCUUGA